CUGUAACACGUCAGUGUUGCUACAAGUCAGAUUGAGGAGAAUUAAAUGUAAACUGGACUCUGAUCAGAAACACUGAAGACUUAUUGGAUUGUUCUGAGCUGUUGACCCGUCGCUGAUGGGAUCUGAUCUGUUGUCGUUGCCUAAUUAAAGCCUCCAUGGAGCUCAUCCAGGCCUCCCAGCUGCCUCAGGAAGCCUCCACAGCUACCUGGAUCACCAACUCCCAUUUCCUGCUCCUCUCCACUCCUUCUGAACCUUUCCUCGGCUUCACCCCGAGCGACGGCUCUUUCCUCUUUAACAGCAGCUACCAGAAUGACACCAAACCGGAGCCUAGUUCCUUCCCUGGCUUGGCGGGAAUCUUCAUCCCUCUCAUCUACGGUAUGGUGUGUGUUGUUGGCCUCGUGGGCAACACUCUCGUCAUCCACGUUGUCGUCAACUACACCAAGAACGAGUCAGUCACCAACAUCUACAUCCUGAACUUGGCGAUCGCGGACGAACUCUUCAUGCUAGGUUUGCCCUUCCUGGCAGUGCAGAACGCUCUUCUCUCUUGGCCCUUCGGCUCGCUAAUGUGCCGCGUGGUCAUGACAGUGGACGCCAUCAACCAGUUCACCAGCAUCUUCUGCCUAACGGUGAUGUCAGUGGAUCGCUACCUGGCCGUAGUGCACCCAAUCCGGUCUUAUUGGUGGCGGCGCCCCCGUGUAGCGAAGGCCGUCAGUGCCACGGUUUGGGCUGGGUCGUUUGUUGUGGUGCUGCCCGUGGUGGUGUUUGCAGACGUGCUGAAGGACGACGGUAACUGCAGCAUCGUAUGGCCUGAACCGGCUGAGGUUUGGAAGACGUCUUUUAUAGUUUACACCUGCACCGUGGGCUUCUUCUGCCCCCUGCUGGUCAUCUGCCUGUGCUACUUGUUGAUCGUCAUCAAGGUGCGCAGCGUUGGAAAGCGGGCGCAGGCCACGUCCUCUCGCCGCAGGAAGUCUGAGCGUAAAAUCACCCGGAUGGUGGUGGUGGUGGUGGCCGUGUUUGUCCUCUGCUGGCUACCCUUCUACGCUCUGAACAUCAUCAACCUGCUGGUGGUCCUGCCUGGAGACUUCAGGGGGCUUUACGUGUUUGUCGUUGUGCUGUCGUACGCAAACAGCUGCGCCAACCCCAUCCUGUACGGCUUUCUGUCCGACAACUUCAAGAGGGGCUUCAGGAAGGCCCUGUGCGGAGCGUCUCGCCGGGUGAAGAGCAACGGCAUGGAGCUGCAUCGCCCGACAGAGGAGUGGGGCGGCAUUGUGCUGCAAGUUCAAAAAAGUGAAGGGGUCGUCAAUGUUCGAAGGAAAGAACAAGAAGAGGAACUCAAUGAAACAGGAGGGGCUGUUCAAAUGAGUGAAAUAUGCCAAAUGGCACAAAAUGGAAACCACAGCGUAGACGCAAAGACUCAGGCGGAGAACUCGAGUGUCAAACAUGAAGCAGAGAAAGAUUUGGGCUUCGACCCGGCGGAGGUAGCGUCCUCGAUGGCCAGUAGAAUCAGGAACAGGAAGUCACAACCUGAAGAAAACCCGGACAAUAACUCAGUGCUUGAGAUCAGCUCUCUGUAACAGGAUGAUAUUAAAAGUGUUUUAAAGACAUGUAACAUUUACAGGUUCAGUGUUAGAUCAUGCCAAGGGAAUAUUUAACAAUAUCCACAUCUUAAAAUAUGGGUUGGAUCUUUGUUAUUGUCUCACGUUUGCAUUAAGCCGGCUAAUGUUCAAUUGCAAAGAUGUAUUAUUUGUGAGUGUGAAACAAAACAAAUCCCUGUUUAUUCGUCACUUUAAAAACAAACGUCCAGGUGUUACAGCAAGGAGGUCAGCACAGAUUUUGCCCCGUGUAUUUGUCUUUGUCACGUGAUUUUAGCGCAAAGUAUUUGAAGCAUUUCUGAAUCGACUGCAAGGUGAUUACAGAUUACAGUCUCAGUGUUAGAUAAUGGGGAGUACAUCGUUUACAAUAUAUUGUGAAGCAGUGAAAGAAAAGUGGUAGUGCAGCAAUCAGGACAGAAUCAGUGUUUUACUCAAAAAGGAUUUAUUGUUACCAAAAAUAAUGUCCUUUUGACAAACGUUACUCAGGCAUGAUGUUAAAAAUGUUGGAUUGAAACCAGAUGGCAAGCUGAAGAACACAUUUCAAUAUCUGAAACGCCUGAGUACGGAGUGAAGUUUAGCAAACAUGCAGGACACUUUAUGUGAGUUCACUUUAAUGAUCCACUGCAACAAAGACCUUAGUAUUAUACCUUAUUAUAUUGUUAUAAAUGUAUGUAUUGCUGUCAUGUGGACAACGGUAAUGCAAUGUAUCUCGAGAGUGAAACUGAAAACAUCCAGGCGUUACACAAAGCUUGGAUGUUCCCCUGUAUGUGUCUCUAACAUGAUAUUGGUGCAGACGAUUAGAAGCAUCUCUCAGAUAUUAGAAAAUGACAGGCUCAGUUUUAAAUCAGGUGGAGCGAAUAGUUUACAAUAUUAUGCACAUCUUAAACUUGGGGUCAGGUGUUUUGUACUUGGCUGAAAUAGUGUGCUGAUAUCAAUGCAAUUGUUGUUAGGGUUAACCCAGUUCGACAAAAUGAAAUGUAGGCAUGAUUUAAGUAUUAUUUAUUUGUAUUUAUUUAAGUAUUAAUGAGUACUCUAAGCGAACAAACACAUUUUUCUUUAUUUCUCACUCUUAGUCUUGGGUGUGAAACUAGUUCCCUGAAAAAGAGACCACAUCUGUUAUUUAUUAUUUUAUAUAUUUAUGUUUGUGGCUGUUUUGCGAAAAGAGGACAGAAACAUGUUGUUCUGGCUGAUAAUGCACCGUAUGAAUCAUAUCACAGUGGGAGGUGACACAACUAUCUAACUAAGUAUCCGUCCCAAAUAAAACUUUACUUUUUACUUGGACUAAAACCGCCCACUUCAGAUAUUUCACUCUCUGUGUUUUGUGCUUUUGUAGAACAACGUCAAUGGUGUGCAUGUCUGAGCAAACAUAUAAGAAUGUCUUAAAAGUAUGUUUUCUCUUUGAGAUUUCAGGACAACAACUCACCUCAGUUGCUUUUUGAAAUGUGCAACACAUAACGUUUUCAAAGGAAGCAGGUCAAAGUCUAUUUUCUGCUGAUGUUCAGGUGUAUAUCAGUAUGUAGUGUAUCUACUUUAAAGA